UGUAUGUGGAAUUUUGUGUGUGUAAAGUUGGGUUUUGUGGCUUUUUGUGGCUGUGUGAGGUUCCUGCUUGUUGCAGGGGCCAUUGUGGGUGAGCCAGUUGAUGUUUUUUAAUUUUUAUCUGGUGUGCGUUGGAAGAGGGGUAGUCCUAUACGGCGAGUAUAGCCCAAACCCUAUAUUUUAACAGGAAAAGUCGGGGGUCGUCUUAUACGCCGGAAAAUACGGUACCUUCUGGAAUAAGCAAAUUUGGGGUGUCUUCUUCUUCCUCUUCUUCCUCCUCCUCCUCUUCUUCUUCCUCUUCUCCUCCUCCUCCACCUUUUCUUCUUCUUCUCUCCCUCUCUCUCCAUCUUUUUCUCUCUCCAUCUUUCUCUCUUCCAUUUUUCUCUCUCCCCAUCUUUUUUUUCUCUCUCCAUCUUUUUCUCUCUCCAUCUUUCUCUCUUCCAUUUUUCUCUCUCCCCAUCUUUUUCUUUCUCUCUCCAUCUUUUUCUCUCUCCAUCUGUCUCUCUCCAUCUUUCUUUCUUUCUCCAUCUCUAUCUUUCUCUCCACCUCUUUCUCUCUCUCCAUCUCUUUAUCUCCAUCUUUCUCUCUCCCUCUUUUACUUUCUCCGUCUUUCUCUCUCCCCAUCUUUUUCUUUCUCUCUCCAUCUUUCUCUCUCUCCAUCUCUUUAUCUCUCUCCAUCUUUUUCUUUCUCCAUCUUCCUCCAUCUUUCUCUCCAUCUCUCUCCAUCUUUCUCUCUCUUCCACCUUUCUCUCUCCCUCUUUUACUUUCUCUCUCCAUCUUUCUCUCUCUCCAUCUCUCCAUAUUUCUUUCUCUUUCUCCAACUUUCUAUCUUCAUCUGGCUCUUUGACCACCCCGCUUCAACCAUAGAGAUGGCAGUUUCCGCUGGUCUUGUACCCAAACGGCCGGGGGGGGGGGUCUUUCCAAAGUAACCAACUCCCAUCACCCUUCUGCUCCCCCCCACCUCAUUCUAAAUCUUCCUCACCCGAUUCUUCCUGCUAGGGCCCGUCGUCCCCCUCCCCAGAGUGUGAGCGAGGGCUCCUGUCAUUGAGACCUUGGGGGACAGGAAUGGGUGACCCCCUAUUUCCGCCAUCCUCUCUCUUCCAGCCCCUCGCCUGGAUCCCCCGGGGCUCCACCUCCCACACGGCCAAAGUCGAUGUGGCCUUCGCUGCCUCUGGGUUGGAGACCCACCUCCGUCGUCGGUGGCCGCAGAAGGGGACGGGCAGAGAUGCGUGCCCAGCGCAGCAGUCCCUCCAGAAGCUGUUAAACCUCUGGGAGAAGCUGCCAAUUUUCCAGCAAUUUUGGGCACACGGCAGGCAAAGGAGGGCCAUUUUCCUCCCUCACCCUGCCCCGAGUGGCACCAAGAGACUGGCAGCAAAGGACGGCCAUGCCCAGGAGGACCAAAGCCGCUUGACUCUAGCUCAGCCCACCUUUAGGGAAGAGAAGGACCCUUGGAAGCCAGCUGACCGGGCCCAAAGGACCCUCCCAAAUCAUUUGGGGGCUGCCAACAUGGUACCCGGGCAUCACCAUGCCACCAAGCGAGGCGUGCAACCAACUCUGUCCAGCACGGCCACGAAGGUCGGGGCAGCCCACGAGGCCGGGUGCCGGUGCCCGGACAGCCAGCAGGCUACAGUGAUGGUCCAGGAAAUGGAGGCUCGGCAGGGGGGUCUCCGUGUGCCCACUCCCCGCACGGAGGAAGCAGCCUGGGCUGCCAGUGCCCUGACCUUCUUGCUGGUGCUGUUGACCCUGGCCGUGCUCUACACCCGUCUGCAUCGGAAGUGCCGACGCGGGCCGAGUCUUUACUGGAUGACCAGCAGCGAGGAGGGGCGCGAGACGGUGGCCGCCGUCAUGAAACGCCGUCUCUUCUCGCGGCCCAGACGGACCAAGCGCCCACGGCAGCCACCGCGGCUGCUCCUGCCCAGCUCCUCCAGCGAGGACGACAGCUCCGCCUGAAGGCCUCGCCCGGCACGGCCUGUUUGGAGGGGCCACCAGCCCAAAGCCCACCGUCCAAGGAGGGAGGGGCUCCGGCCUUGACCGCUGCAUUUGUUUUUCUUACUCAAUAAAAUAUAUUUUCCUACAUACAGCUA